CCGUUAGCCGUUAACAGUGGUCGCGUUACUUUGCUUCAAUCGCCCGGAGUCGGCUGGCCACACUGUGACUUGCCAGAAAAUUUUUUCUUUGUGUAAUUUUUUGUAGUGAAAAUCGUUCGAGUUUGCAGCGCAGUUAAUCGGCCAAUAAAAGAGAAGCACAAGCGUUUCCAAUGUCGGAGAACAAGGAAGACACCCUGGCCAGUUUUCAGAACAUCACGGGCAUCGACGAUGUGGGCGAGGCCUUCUCCCACCUGGAGGCCGCCGACUGGAACCUGAUGGAGGCCCUGAGUCGGGUGAUGCCGCACGAGGAUGCUCCUCUGGCCAGUCCCCAUCCCAUCCAACAGCCGGAGCCUCCGGCGAGGCAUCCAGUGGAGAGCACCAAUGGCUUCCGUCCGCCUGGCUACGAUGAGCUGCCGGGACCCUCUUCGGGAUUUUUCGCUGCCGCCCUGCAGAACCACCAUCAGAACCAGAACCAGAACCUAAAUCUCAACCAGCCGCACCUCCAGCAGAGAUUCCCCACGUCACAAUUGCUAGCCCAGCUGACGUCCAGCAUCAACCUGGACCCCGCAUCCAGCCAGAACAACAACCAGAACGUGAUCGCCUUCAACAUCCAUUUCAACCAGCAGCUCUACCAGAUUCGCCUGCCUUCGGAGGCCACUGUUGAGCAACUCAAACGCAAGAUCUUCGACAAGACCAGUGUGCCGGUGUGCAGGCAGGCCAUCAACGGCUGGCCGCCCUCCAAGGCCAGCGAUGCCCAGCAGCCGGGCACGCGUAUCUGCAACCUGGAUCUCGCCCCGGAGAACGAGCUGAUCCUGGUGGACCUCACCGACGACGGUUUCAUGGACACCGAGCAAGAUGAAGUGACGCAGCGGGUGGACAAGACCUUCACCAUCCACAUACAGUUCGAGUCCGACAGCCCGCUCACUCUCAGCUUUCCAGGACGGACAACAAUGCAGGACCUGAAGAUGAACGUGUGCGACAUCAAGAGCAUACCAGUACGCCACCAGGAGUGGACCGGCUGGCCCAAUGGUUGUGACAAUGAAACCACUCUAGCUCAAUCUGGUAUUGAGCUCUCGCACAGAUUCGCCGUACGCAGCACAGCCCGUGCGGCUCAGACGAAUUCCAACAGCCAGCACAACGCAUUCGACGUGGUGACCGUGGACAGCGAGAGCUCGGCGGAUGAGUUCGAGGAUGCUACGGAUUUCAACAAUGCCGAGUACAUCUUCACCGACUCGCCACCCGCUCAGCCACUCAACAGACAUUUAAUACCAAACAACACGGAUGACGAGACGAGUGGCUCCACGCAGUUUGUUGAGAACUACAAGGCUCGGUAUGGCGAGCCGUGUCCAGACUUUUUUGUGGGCAGCCUGGAAGGCGCCAAGCAGCUGGCCUGCCUCAGAUCCGCCAAGGAGCGUAAGCUACUGGCCAUUUACUUGCAUCACGGCAAGAGUAUUCUCAUCAACGUUUUUUGUGAUCAACUUAUGAAACACGAGAGCAUCAUCCAAACCUUCAAAGAGAAGUUCGUUCUGUAUGGCUGGGAUAUGACCUACGAGAGCAACAAGGACAUGUUUCUCUCCUCGCUGACUGCUUGUAUUAGCAGCAACGCCUCCCUGACGGCCAGGAACAUUAAGCUGGACAAGCUGCCGGCUAUUAUGCUGGUCGGUAAGAGCCGCCAGUUGGGCAGCAAUUGCGAGGUUUUAUCUGUGAUUCAUGGCAACAUUGGUCUGGAUGACUUGCUUACGAGGCUAAUUGAAACCAGCGAGAUGUUCGAGGAGCAGCUGCAGGUGGAAAUCAGGCAGGAGGACGAACGAGCGGCCCGUGACCAGGUGAAGGCAGAGCAGGACAUGGCCUAUCAGGAGACCUUGGAGGCCGACAUGGCCAAGGAUGCGGCCAAACGGCAAAAGGAGGCUGCCCAGUUGGCCGAGCGUAAGCGGAUGGAGUCGGAGAGGGCCGAGGAAGAUGCCAGACGCGAGUCUAUUAGAUUAGUUGCUCAACAAUCCCUACCUCAGGAGCCGUCCGAACUGGAGGCGGGCACCUCUAAGAUCCGUGUGCGCAAGCCCACCGGUGAUUUUCUGGAGCGCCGCUUCUUUACCAGCAACAACCUGCAGGAUCUGCUCAACUUUGUGACGGCCAAUGGUUUCCUCAUCGAGGAGUACAAACUGAUCAGCAGCUGGCCACGUCGCGAUCUCACGGCCAUCGAGAGCAGCCAAACACUGGAGACGCUCAAGCUCUAUCCGCAGGAAACGGUCAUCCUGGAGGAGCGAUGAUUCCGCUCGUUACUUUAAGGCAGUUUCGUUCGAUUGGGUUUAGUUAAAGCAUUAAUAUUUGAAAAUUUGUAGAGUUACCUAUAAUUUACGUACUUUAAUUUAGCGGAGCAAGCGAAAAGAUUACAAAAGCAUACACACCACAUAAAAACAUACAAACAUACAUAUAUACCUAUACCUAUAUCUAAAGAUA